AGCUUCUAUGUUGGAGAAGUAGAGUUUAGCUCGGUAGGCAGCUUGAUAGAAGCCGUCGUCCACAUCAGUCCUGUAUGCUAGUUAACCAGGAACGUGUAGACUUUGGACAGGCGAACACUUAGCUGAACCGUCAAAACUAAUACAUUUGCUCAUUAUCAGUCAGCAAAUGUAGCAAACGGUUGAUGAACUAUUGUCUGCCUAUUAGUAAUUUUGUGUAAUCUGAAUGCAAACAUUUAGCCAGUAAACAGUUUAGCCAGCUCAGCACCGUUAGCCAACUUGGCUAAUUCAUUGCGCAUCAAUUGGCUGGCCAUGCCAGUCAGUGAUAGGUAGCUAUUAUUGUUGAAGUUGUAUUUUGCGGAGAGAUUCUGUUCUCUUUCAACUUCAGCAGACUAGCAAGAACGCUAGUUUAGUGAUACAUUAUGGUAUGGGUCAAAGGGAUAUUGUGUCUUACGAGACUUCGAUGAAGAGGAAAAACAGAAUUCGAGCAGCCUCUAUGUGUCGCCUAGAUGUGGACUCCGCUGUGAAGGAAGUUGAGCAACCGAGAGAUGCCCUUUCCUCGUCAAGGUAUCUGCUGGGCCGCGGCGUGAAGCGCAAGCUGAGCGAGUGUGACGCCGGUGACUCUGCACCUCUGGGCUUGCCCUAUCCUCAGCAGCGCCAGAUGGUUCUGGACCUGUGCCUGGACAAGCUGCAGAGCUGUCAGCGCCGCUCCGAGCCCAGCCUGCACCGCUCCGUGCUGCUGGCCAACACGCUCCGCCACCUCCAGCAGGAGAUGAGGCAGGAGGGCUUCGCCUGCAUCCCGCCGGCCCCGUCGCUGUCCCCCGUGCACGCGCUCACCCCGCGGCACACCCCCGACCUGCCGCCCGUGCCCUCGGACCUGCAGCCCCCCGGCGCCCCGCCCCCGCCCUCCGGUGGCCCAGAUGUUGGGGCGCAGCUGGGCGAUGGGGCCGGCCCCCACUCGCCUCUCCAGGACUCGAUGUUCGGCUCGUUCGAGAUCACGAGCUCCGCCAGCUGCUACCUGUCCGACCUGCCGCUGGACGACAUCUUCGAGGACAUCGACACGUCCAUGUACGACGGGUCGGACGUCGCCGCCGCCCUGGCCCUCGCCCCGGCACAGAGAGCGGGCGCAGCCGGGGCCGACGACGGACUCAAGGGAUUCCCCUCUUCUGGCUGCACCCCCUCAGCCCUCCAGUUCUGCUUCAACGACCUCAACGACCUGGACCACAUCAUGGAGAUUCUGGUGCGUUCCUGAACAGAACCCCCACCCCCACCACUGCUCUUUCUCUCUACAGAAUCAUGAACCUUUUUCUGCUAUGUUUUUGUUUUUUAAAACAUCAAAUGGUAAAUGUAAAUCUAUUUUUAUACAGAGAACUAUCCCAAAUAUAUUUAUAUGAAAAAGAUGGAUGUCGACCUGCCUGACACACACUUGUUCGUUCGCUGUUGGGUGAAUGCACACACAUACCCGUUCUGUCUCCAGACUGGCCCCAACUAAAGCCAUCCUCUCCCGCAGACACCGCAUCUGUCUGCAGGGCCCUCAGUGACAAACUGGUACAAGUACUAGUGUUAACGAGACCUAUCUGCAUGAUGUGACUAUUCAGGACCGCCUGAAGUCUCCCAGGAGCAAAGCCAGGGGUGCAAAACGGAAGGUUUUUAGCAUUUAAAAAAAUGAGACUUAUUUUUGUGGACUGAACUUUGCCCCCAACCCAUCACCUAAGUAUUUUGUGGAGCAUUACAUUUGCUAUCAAUAAUUCUACCGUCUGAUCAUGACUUGCACAUCCAACAACACUCACACUACCUCUCAACAACCAAGAGCUCACUAUCGAUGUUUUACUAUACAAAGUCAAUGUUAACGUUUUAGCCGCCUCGUGUUCUCCUUACUGGUAUAUUCCUUUCUUGAAAACAAAAACAGACGACAACAACAACAACAACAACAACAACCCAAAUUCUGGUGAUUGUCAGUCCUGCUCUCCUUGACCUGAGGCUGCGAGGUUUCCCCAUUGUGACCUAAAUCUACUGCGCUGUUUGGUUCUGCCAACAUUCUCCUUUGGCAGGCCUCGUUUGAACUUGUCACUCUGGCACUCAUGUGUUUAGCACCUCAGGUCUGAGGUAUAUUGGGACAGUGUUUCCGCAGGAGGACGAUGACAUUUGUGUCCGACGGAGAUCAGGCUUGUAGAUACUGCUGAAGUGAGGAGGGGAGACGCACAGCUACAUGUUUUGUCUCUCUCUUCCUUUUUUUUUUUUAUAAAUUGUAUGAAGAUGAAAUCUGUAUUUAUACAUUUUUGGCUUUAAUGAUUGUGGCGAGGACAGACACACCCCGGCAUCCUGCUGAAUGAACUUUAGUGCCUAGAAACGGAGGAUAUGAAGACUGGAACUGGUGGAACUGCACACUGUGCCCCGCUCCCCUCGCUGCACCCCAUGUGAUGGACCCUUUCUGCUAGAGAGCAACAGUGUGUGUGCCUCCGGUCCAACGUCCGGCCCACAGUUCCGGAUUUUACAUUCUAAUGUCAGACCUUUUGGCUAUUUUCAGACUUUCUUUUUCUAAAAUGAAUAUUCAGUAGUUUUAAAGCUCCAGAAAGAAGCCAUUUGACUCUGAAGUUGAUCCACACUUCUGAACCAUCUGUUUCUUCCCUUUUGCAAUCCUCACCACAAAGAUUUUGUGCAACUCUUCAAAAUGUCAGUGAUGUCCGGAAGUCCUACACUUUGGGCAGGACAGACACAAGUAUACCCGCCACCAGGCUGCUGUCUCCAAACACACACACACUACCCCCUUUUUUUGUUGCUUCCUCCUUGCCCAUUGAACCAUUUGUCUCUACAAGGAGUUGCGUAAUAACCAGUAGCAGCCAAUCAGGGUCUUGGCCAACAGGAAGUUGUUUCACAAGGAGAGAUGCCCCGUGUGUGUGUGUGUGUGUGUGUGUGUGUGUGUGUGUGUGUGUGUGUG